CUCCUUUCCGUUCUCGGACAAUGCGUAUCUCGACCGGGCGAAGAUGUGGUGCACCUUUCGAAACCCGAGCUGAGGCACAUGCUGGAGCAAAUGUGCGAUUCGGAUAUAUGGGCUCACGUGUGCCAUACUUACGACGCGGACGCCGACCUGCCCAACGACAACCUCGAGGAAACCAACGUGCUCCAGAUCUCGGUCCAGUGUGGAAGCCAACCCCCACCCGCUUGCGUCCCCAACGGAUUCGCUGCUUCCCUCUCCGAUCUUCAACGAGGAUCCUUGCUGGACGCGUAUCUUGCUGGCCUGAUAGAUCUCGAUGGGCUCAAGGCGACCCGCGACGUAUUUGCAUCACGGGUCCGCGGGGGCUGGGUGCAAAUAGCACCGUAUCACGGCCUUGAUAUGCAUCCAUCGUUCGGUUUGAUGAAGCCUCAGAAACCCAAAGCCCACAUUGCCGCUUGUCUCGUUAAGACGCUGGUACCAGGGCUGAAAUGCGAAACUGGAGAGACCAAGCCCUCGAUUGUCACUUCGAAACUUGGGUCUGGCACAGGGUGCGGACAGCAGCCGGAAGAGACACAUUUGAUCAUCUCCUCGCUCCUCGGACCCGUGACGAAAGGAGACAUGGCAACGGUGUUUGCCCCUGAAAACGAUCUCACGGUCUCCGGGACAACAAUGGACCAAAAGCCGCCCGGUAACUCAGCAAGCAAGGACUUUCUGGUCUCUGCUGUAGUGAACCGGAUCGCUGUCAGGCAGUGGAUGUGCAUCUGCAUCACGGCGCGGGCGGACUUUCUUGAACGUCUAGCAAAGUGUCUGAACAUUGAAGUCGCCGUCUUCGACGAACCGGUCACGGCAAAGCCGUUGAUCGCGGCACUGCUUCUUCUUCACUUCUCCGCAGCCUUACCGAUGCCGGCUCCACUUCGCAACUGCAGCGGUGGCGAGACUACCCACCUUUAGCACGUUACCCAUUCGUAAUCACGCCCACGCAAGCGGAGUUGCU